AUGCGACUCUCACUCCCACUUCUGUUGCCCAUAGUGCUACUGGCACGAGUGACCGCCGCCCAAAAUGCUGGGCUCAACAAUCUCCCCGCCAUCUGCGCUGGUGUCAAAGAAGUUGCAACAUGCAAGAUCAAAGUCAUCGUGCCGAGUGGUGUCAAGGUCAAUACGAGGACUAUCAAAGUCCCCACGUGGAACAAAUGCAAAAGCCGCAUAUCCGCGACAAGGAGCUGCCCAACUGUCAAAAAGCCCCUCAGGCGUUGUAAAGUAUGGACCUGCGUCCCCGGCUGGGAGAAGAGAUCGAAACAAAUCCCUUCCAGUUUAACCAUUCUUACCAAGGAGAUCGAUCUUUGCGAUGAUAUUCGCAGGGCACUUGGCAAGACUCUGGGGGACAAGUUCAUCAAAUCAUCAGAGGCCAUCUGCGGUUGUUUCACUCGCUUGCAAACCUUUGCGACGACGGGUUCCUUCACGGCUAUGUCAAUUCGGGGCGAGAUAAGCACAGCUACCACAAAGGUCGCAGACGACACACUUAGUAUUGAAAAGUGUUUUGGAAAAGUUAGUCUACCAAUUCUCAACAACAAAGUUGAUAUUGCGAAUGUUCUCAAGUCGAUCGCCCCUUGGAUCAUCGCCCAAGCCAAGGAUAUCGACCUUUCAGUCUUUCAAUCUCUCGCUCGUGUAGUUGGUGCCUGCCAAGCUGGUAAUUGCAACGCAAAUUCCAUUAGCGCCGCUGUCAACGCUUAUCUUGCCCCCUCAUUCCAAUCAAUGGAGCCCCCAAUCAAAUCGGUACUUGUUCAAUGGGAUGGCGCCCUUACUCGUAUCGAAGAAAGAGUCAAGGAUAUUAACGAAGCUGCUGACUCUUUGGCAAACAACUACGAUUUUAUGCGGGCGGAGUUUGAUUCAAGCAAGCAAAAGAUUUGUGAGGAACUGCAGCGGUGUGAUGGACAGGGAGUACCAAAGUUUCUCGAUCGGGUUGAUGAGGUUAUCGAAGCUGCCAAUAGACUCUGGCCAGUCCGAGGUCCCCUUGACGUUCCAUCUAGCCGACUCAGCAAUAGGCUGGCCGAAACGAUUCAACUCAGAAAGGACAUCAAAAAGUAUCCAGAGGCGACAAGUCUAGUCUCCAUGAUCAAGCAGGGCAAGUUCAAAAAGAUCAGCGACAUCUUCCUAUUCAUGCCCAUCGCGCAACGCAUCCCGGAGCUAGCCAAACAGAUCAAGGCCGACCUUUCACCACUCCAAGACGUCGUCAAAGAAUACAAACAGCUAUCCGGGGAAACCCACGACAAUGUAUGGUCCCUCAGCUGGUCCAACAUCAUCUGGCCAGACACAGAACUCACUUCCGACUCACCCGAGGCAGAUGCCGCAUUGAUCACCGAACUAGAUGCUGUAGACACACUCGUCAGAGAUUACCUUUCGAGCCCUGUUCGUGUAUACAGCGACGGCAUGUUCAUGAUGGACGCCGAGCUCAGGGGUUUCUCGGUGGUCAACGGGUCGUUUGCCAUGGAGACCAAGGUGGCGGCGUAUAACCGCUGGACAACAAUCUCUAUGGACAUGCCGUGCUCCAAAAAGGAGACCAAGGUAUACAAGAAGAGUGGGCUUCAGAAGUCAUUUUCGUGGAGGUCGUAUUUUAAGUGUAAAGUGGCUCCCGUGACGGCAUAUUUCCCAAAGACUCAUGUACCUUAUAUUAGGAUUCGUGGUGGAGCAGGAAUAGAUCCUAACGAGCAAUAG